CAACCCCCUGGCAGAGCAGGCACCUCGCUGGCAUCCCUCUGCGAGAUGGGCACCACGCGUCCUCCGUGGGGCUCCAGCGGCUCCCGCUGCUUCCUGGGCUCCUGCGUGCUCCUGGCUCUGGGCGCGCUCACACACACGGCUCAGGCCGCGCCAGAUUUCACCGUCUACCUGCACAAAAUUCUCAGGAACCACACUGCACAUGCAUGCGAUGGAGACACUCUCAAUAUCAGAUGCCCCUCCAAAACCACCAUUGCCAUCCUCUCUGCUUUCUACGGACGCCGUGUGCCGAGCCCGUACUUGUGUCCAGCCACAAACCCAAACACCACUCUGGACGAGAACACGGAGUGCAUGUCCCCUGUGGCUGUCGAGAAAGUGACGUCAGAGUGCCAGGAGCACAGGAGUUGUCACAUACCAGUCAUCAGCCAAGUGUUUGGACAAGACCCCUGCCCUGAGACCAGCAAGUACAUGCUUGUGUCAUACAAGUGCCGCCCAGAGCAUCACAGGACUAAAAUGGUGUGUGAGAACGAGAGGCUGCGACUGGCGUGUAAGAACGACACAGUCCUCGCCAUCUACUCUGCCACGUUUGGCCACCAGCUGCACUGGAACCACGACUGCCCACAGGAAAAUGACGUCAAGGCUGACAUGGAGUGUUACUCAUCUACUGCCCUGAGGAGAGUAUCUCGCCGUUGUCAUGGCAAGGCCAACUGCUCGGUCCUGGCAGACAUUCAGAAUUUUGGUGACCCCUGUUUCCCUGGAACCAGGAAGCAUCUGCGAGUGUCCUACACAUGUGUUCCCAGAUAUCUUUUGGAGGAUGUCGGGCGUGGGACCACAGACCCAUUUUUAUUAAAUGACUACACUCAUGGCGGCUGGUACACAGGCCCCGGCGUGUCCAGGCCACAAAACAUUUUCACCAACUCUCUGGAAAUCUUUUCCCAAAUUCAGGGUCUUCCAGAGACAGUAGCCCUGUAUUUUGUCUCAGGGAUCUGUGCUGGCUUGGUGUUCCUGCUAUGUUUGUUUGGUCUGAAAUCCACACUCGUGCGAGAUGCCAAGGAGCUGUUCACUGAACUGGGAGACGAGAUUAAAGCCACGCGUCGCCGAGGCAACUUUGAGGACGACGACAUCUCCGACUCCUCUUUCCGUCGGCUCACCCAGUCGUACCGCAUGGCGGACAUGUUCGGCCCAGACAUGAUCAUGACUGUGGAGAUGGUGGAGAGGGAUGAUGAGAGAGGGAAGGAGCUCACCAAUGGGGAUAUGUGGCCUCACCGUGACUCUAGCCCUUAUGCCAUACACAACAUAAAAUCCUCCUCUACAUAACAAAACUGCCCUAUGGAUUUCUUGUUACUGUAACAUUAAAGGGAAGUGUGUGUGGAUGUGUGUAAAGGAGUGGGUGUUGUGGGCUUAGGUCAUGGGAAUAUAUUAAGUGACACCCACACACUAAAACUGUAGGUUAAUUACAUCCAUAAUGAUUUGAGAGUUGCAAUAUUAAUUGUUCAAACUUAAAUUUCAACUGUAAAACGAAUGUGAAAAUCCCACCAGUAGGUCUAAGCCUAGCCUAUAAAGUGUGAGUAGGCACAGAAUUAACCGUAUUAUCAUUCUGUCUUUAUGAUUGUCUUUAUGGUACAGUUUAUUCAAGUUAAUAAAACAUAUUUUUGACUA